AUGACCUCCUAUGACGACCCAAUCGACGCCGACCGCUUCGGUCCCCUCGCCGACAUCCCCGAAUCCUCCCUCCUCCACCUCGGCUCCCGCAUUGCUUCCAACGUCCUAAAGCUCUCCAAUUCGGAACCAAAACUCCUUCACCGUCUUGGCGGCCCCUUCAAUAUCGUUCACAUCCUCUCCUUCAACAAUGACACCACCCGUUUCAUCAUCCGGGUCCCCGCCACAGGCUGGGGUAAGGGGCUUACCCCCGCAGCAGACAAGGCCCUCGAGGCACAAGUCUCUGCAUUAAAAUUCAUCAAGUCCCAGAAGGACGCCAAAAUCCCCGUACCAGAGGUUUACGACUGGGACUCCACCUGCAACAAUGAGAUCAAUGCCCCCUACAUCUGUCUAAGCUACCUUCCCGGCAAGCAAGUUCUCAGAGUCUGGACCGAUGACAAUGGUCCCAUGCCGAAGGAACACAUGCGGUUGAGAAUUCUCACCAGCUUGACAAACGUCAUGGCUGAGUUUGCCAAGCUUCCCUCGUUCGACAGACUCGGCUCAUUGUUCUUGGACGACAACGGCAACGUUACCAUUGGGCCCGUCUACCGCCGCGAAGAAGAUCCCGACGGCCCGGUGACUAUUCAUGAAUGUGGCAUAUACACUUCUGGCCAAGAAUACCUCCGUACCAUGAUGGAGCGCGACAGUCAAGACAACCACUGGGGCCAGGCCGAGUCAAAGAUUACUUCGACCCUUAUCUCCCUGUUACCAAAGCCCGACUCCGAAGACUUUGUCCUCGCCCCACCAGACUUCGACUCCGCGAACAUCCUCGUCAACCCUGACACAGGCGAAGUCACUGGCCUCAUAGAAUGGGACCUCACACAUACCAAACCCCGCUGGCUAGGCUACUCCGCCUACCCAUACUUCCUCACCCGCGACUGGGACCCGCUUAUGUACGGCUGGCCGAACAUUUCCUCCGAAGACUCCCCCGAGGCGCUAGCCGCCUAUCGGGCGCAUUACUCUUCUGAACUGGGGCGAGCUCUUGGACGUCAGGGAGACUGGGUGUUUACCGACAAGAGUCACUUGACUAUGGCGGUUUGGAUCUCGACGCUGAAUCCGGCGAAUAGGUUGGAGAUAUGCCAGAAGUUUUUAACUGAGGCUUGGGAGGGGAAGGUGGAUGCGCUGAGUGUGGUGUGGGAGAUUGGGAAGGAGAAGUAUGGCGAGGAGGAGUGGGAGGUGUUGAAGAAGAAGCUAAGGACGUUCCUUGCAGAGGGGAGCAAGAGACACCCGGGGAAGUCGGAAGGAAAGGGAUAUGAAGAAAAGGACAAGGACAAGAACGAGGAGAAGUAG